AUGGACACCAAGAAUUCGUCCUACUUCAACGGCAGUUCGCAGCGUCGCCGGCUCGUCAAAAAGUCCUCGCAUCAUUACUCGCGCUCCUCCUCCGGCCUCGAUAGCGCCCACGACGCCCACUCCAUCCACAGCAAACGCAGCUCCUCGAAUAGUCUCCGCCGCACGCCCAGCGCUCCCCCGCCCGUGCGACCAAGCAACACCGUCGCCGGUGCCUUUGCUGCCUCGUCCUCGCCUUCGCCCCGGCAUCCCACCCAGGCCCAGUCCUCGAAUGCGUCGCCACUGCAGCACCAGGGUCAAUUCGCCGCCGCCGCCGCAACCUCGUCGUCGUCUUCCUCACGCCUGCCCUACCGCAACAGCCCGUCGGCGCAGCCUGAGCCUCAGUUUCGCCAGCCCGCGCCCGCGUCAACAUCCGCGCCCGCCAAGCCUGCCGCCGACGACCUCAUUGGCGCUCCCUUCGACGGCGCUGCCAUCCUGAGCAGCAUAGACUCGGCCUCCUACAGCCCUUCGACCGUCGCUGCUCCCUCGUCGGCCAGUUCGACGCCCAGCAUCAACCACACUGCGGCCACUACCGCCGUUAGCACUCCACGCUCGUCCAUCCCCGCCCAGCCGCAAAAGUCAUCUUCCACGACCGCCGUUGCUCGUGCUGCUGCACCCAUUUUCCGCGCCGUCAGCACAAAAAAACCCAAGCAUUCCCUUCGAUCCUCUAAAAGCGUCGCGGCCAUGGAUUCAGGCGUUACUCUCGUAGACAAGUCGGGCACCCGGGUCGAGGCGCAGGCCGCCACUCCCAAAAGGUACUCAGACGAGUCCGGCGGCAUCCCUUCCAAGCCGCCCACUGUCCGCAAAAAGUCUGGCUUUUCUGGCUUUGUCAACAGUCUAGUGGGCUCCCAGAAGAAACCCAUGAUUUCGGCACCAGAGAAUCCCAUUCACGUUACCCAUGUCGGCUACGACAGCUCUACUGGUCAAUUCACUGGCCUGCCCAAGGAAUGGCAACGAUUAAUCAACGAAAGCGGUAUUCCCGAAAAAGAGCGCCGCGAGAACCCCCAGACCAUGGUCGAUAUUCUGCAGUUCUAUAAGGAGACCACCGAAAAGGCCCCCGAGGACCAGGUUCUCGAAAAAUUUGGCCAUGCCGGUGCCGAGCGAUCACAAUAUGCCAGUCCCAAUCCCUCGAAUCCCGCAUCGCCAACCAUGUACCCUACCAACUAUAUGGGAAGCUUUGAGAACCCCCGAGCUGCACCUCCAGUCCCUGCCAAGGGCCAUGGCGUGCCCUCAUCGAAAGACAUGGUGCCAAGCCGACCUGCACCGCGGCCUCCCGUUAGUAUGGGCGGCCGGGCUGGCCCUCAAACUUCCUACACCACACCCAAGGAUUCUGGUAUCGGCAUAAUAAAUAACGAGGCGGAUAGCGGACCAAUGCUACCCGAAGAGCACCGUUCUCGCUCCAAUUCAAGGGUUGCCGGACCUGCGCCCUUCGCCCCCCAACAGACGGGCUCGAUGAACCCCGCGCAGCCUACACUGUUCCAGCAACAACAGAUGAUUCAGCAACAGCACGAGCAGGCUAUGGCCCAAGCCCAAGGAGCCAUGUCUGGCCAGAUUGGGCGAGCUCCUAGCAAGAGACAGCCUACCCAAACGCCGGCCCCUAUCGCUGGAGGGUAUUCCCCGCGCGAAGCAAAUGGAGCCCGCCAGCAGCCUGUCAUGACUCCGAACCCCCAAGCGAGACCUCGACACCGCUCCCGCCAGAGCAACGGCAUUGACAUUGUCUCGGCACUCAGGCGUAUCUGUACCGAAGGCGAUCCUCGCGAUAUCUUCAGAGGCUUGAAUAAGAUUGGCCAAGGUGCAUCUGGUGGUGUCUUCACCGGCUACGAGCGCAACAGCAAUCGAUUGGUUGCUAUCAAGCAAAUGAAUCUCGAGCAACAACCGAAGAAGGAUCUCAUCAUUAAUGAAAUUAUCGUUAUGAAGGAGAGCUCGCAUCCUAACAUUGUAAACUUUAUCGACAGUUAUCUCACCGGCGGUGAGCUCUGGGUGAUUAUGGAAUUUAUGGAGGGUGGAAGUUUGACAGAUGUUGUGACAUUCAACAUCAUGACAGAGGGGCAAAUUGCUUCCGUGUGCCGCGAAACGCUCAAGGGCCUGCAACAUCUGCAUUCCAAGGGAGUUAUCCACCGCGAUAUCAAGUCGGACAAUAUUCUGCUUUCUAACGAGGGCUGCAUCAAGCUGACUGAUUUCGGUUUCUGCGCCACGAUCAACGAAGCGCAAAACAAGCGCACGACCAUGGUUGGCACACCAUACUGGAUGGCACCCGAAGUUGUCACUCGUAAGGAGUACGGCCGCAAGGUUGACAUUUGGUCACUUGGUAUUAUGGCUAUUGAGAUGAUUGAGGGCGAGCCUCCGUACCUCACAGAGUCACCACUCCGUGCGUUGUGGCUGAUUGCGACCAAUGGCACUCCGCAAAUCAAGAACGAGAGUGAACUGUCAGAUGUCUUUAGAGAUUUCCUGUACUUUGCCCUUAAGGUGGACCCCGAGAAGCGUGCCAGCGCUCAUGAUUUGCUAAGACAUGACUUCAUGAAGCUGUGUGUAGAUCUCGGACAAUUGUCGCCUCUUGUUCGAUCCUCAAGAGAACAACGAGCCCAAGAAAAGUCGCGUAAGGCGUGA